GUGAGCAGGUGUAUAAGUGUCGAACAGGUGAGAGAGGGUGGAAACAGCAGGACCAGGAGUCUGAGCCGGAACACACACACACACACAGCAGGGAACCUGAGAACAGCUCGUGAAGAUGCUUAAAGGAUUACUAUCAGUGCUCUUGGUCCUGGUGGCCUUGUCCUCUGCCAUGGGGAAGCCCGAGAAGACCACUCCGAAGAAGGAGAAGAGGAUUCCUCAGACUCUCUCCAGAGGAUGGGGUGAUCAGUUGAUUUGGGCACAGACGUACGAGGAAGCUCUGUUUUGGUCACGAUCCAAGAACAAGCCCCUCAUGGUCAUCUUUCACCUGGAGGACUGUCCACACAGCCAGUCUCUUAAGAAGGCCUUUGCUGAGGAUAAAGACAUCCAGAAGUUGGUCGAUGAGGAAUUCGUGGUCUUGAAUCUGGUGUAUGAGACCACAGAUAAGCACUUGUCUCCUGAUGGACAGUAUGUUCCCAGAAUCCUCUUUGUUGAUCCCUCCAUGACCGUUCGGGCAGACAUCACAGGCCGCUAUUCCAACCGCAUGUACGCCUAUGAGCCGGCUGACAUGAAACUCUUGUUAAGCAACAUGCAACGGGCCCUGAAGUUUUUGAAGACAGAGUUGUGAACACAAAAGUCUAGUCUUUUUGUCCGCCGAGAGGAUAUUACUUCCCUGAGGGUCACUAUUAUUCUGUCAUUUGUUCAUUGACAUCCGCACUGUAAAGCUCUGUACAAAUUUGAAAUACUUUCUUUGAAAAUAUUCUGUUACGGUUAACCGUCAGGCUUUCAUUCCCAUGUUUGCUUUUUUCAAUAAAUGAAGUGGUACAAAAAGUU